UUUUUCAGAAAUCUCAGUGGAAAUAGUAUACAAGAAUUACAUACGUAUACAUUUAGAGGCCUGCCAUCCCUCCAGAUUUUAAAUCUUGGUUGCAACUUAAUCACAAAUGUGAGCUUUGGAACAUUUCAGGCCUGGCAUGGAAUGAAGUUUUUACAAAAAUUAAUUCUCAGUCAUAAUCCUCUGACAACUGUUCAAGAUCCAUAUCUUUUAAAAUUGCGGGCAUUAAAAUAUUUAGACAUGGGAACAACACAAGUGUCCCUCACAACAGUUGAUAACAUCUUCAUCACGACCCUUAAAUUGGAAAAACUGAUCUUACCUAGACAUUUGACCUGCUGCCUCUGCCAAUUCAAAAGUAAUAUUGAGGCUGCCACCGAGACAGUCAAACUGCUUUGUGACACUGAGUGUCUGACAAACACACCUUGUGAUGAAGAACUAUUUAUAGAAGGACCGUUUAUGAAGGCCAUAAGUCGCCGGAAGAAGAACAGCACUGAGCUGACUGUCGAGCCAGAGAAGGCAUAUUUAGUGAAAAAUUAUAAUAGUUCAUCAUCAUUAAUGGGCCUCCUGAUGAAGAUGCUCAGUGAGCAACAAGAAGGAAAGAUUUCUAAAGCACAGUGGGAUUCAGAACAACUGAAUGCGAGGAUGCAAGACCUGGGUGAGCAAGAGGAGGAGCAGCCCGAUGAGCUCACAAAACAAUUGCGAGGAUAUGAGAAGAACAACAAAUUCAUCAUGGCAGUACCUGUCAUUGUAGUAGCAACAUUUUUUAUUGUAAUUUUCUGUCUCAUUGCGGUAAGACAACAGUUAAUUCAGGAGGGCGGUUUCUGGAGAAGGCGGCCACUUUGGCUGAGGGAUAUAUAUGGACCUCUCACCACCUGCUUAGGCAUGAAAAAGAAGCAGAAGCCACAGGACCCUGAUGAGACUGAGAUAUUCAUCAAAAUGGAGCGGAGUGAAGCCUCCCCCUCAUCGGUCAGGAUUGAUGAUACAUUGGACACUGCUGCAGGGACAGGAGAGGCUGUCUCCUCCUUCAGCUUGAAAAUGAAGCAGAAGCCACGGGACUCUGAUGAAACUAAGAUAGUCACCGAAAUGAAGCAGAGUGAUCCCCCUCCCCCUUCAGUCAGGAUUGCCACAUUGGCCGCUGCUGCAGGGACAGGAGAGGCCGUCUCCACCUCAAGCAUGAAAGCGAAGCAGAAGCCACAGGACUCUGAUGAGACUAAGAUAGCCACCGAAGUGUAA